GCGUGACAUAACAUGUAAACACGAAGUUCUCUCAUAUUACACACUUGUCAGUGGAAAUGAGUUUUAUGCAACCAGAUGUUCACCGAGUCUUUGCCGAGAUAUUUCGGCUGCAUGCGGUGCCGGUGCUCCCCUCCGACGCUUGCUCCACUGGGAGGGAGUCUGGAGGCAUGAUGGAGUGACGGCGUUACUCUCUCGGAAAUUAUAAUUCUUCAGCCAGCGGGGGAAUUAACUGUUGCUGUUUUUAUACAUUUUUUUUUUUUUUUUUUUUUGUUAACUGACACGCCUUGUUUUUUGGGGGAUAGCGCGUCUGGAAAUGCCAAGUUGACCAGCGAGAUAGAUGUCAGAACGAAAUGGGAUAGAAAAGGAAAAAAAAUGUGCAACAUUUCUUCGGAGAUCAACGAACUACAAAGGUUUUUGUCAGAGAAUGCCGGGUUUAAUAUUUCCCUCUUCUUCUACACAGUUUUUUUUUUCGCGGCGUGCCCAGUCAACGUGAUCAUGAUGGAAAGAAGUGUUCCCAAAUUCCUCUGCGCAUACGGCUUAAAGUGCAACUCUGAUUAUUGUUUUUUUAUCUCAAAUUCAGUGGCUCCAUUUAGGUGAUUUUAAAUAAAAAGUUGGCUGACUUAAUUUUAUUUAUUUAUUUAUUUUUUUUGGAUCGGCUCAAUGAGAAUUAGAGUUUCAGCGCGCACCAGACAGUCGCCAAAGGCUUAAACGCAGAACCCACAUUUUCCACCGGGGGGAACCGGGCUUUGUACUGCAGCGACGUCCUUACUGUUCUCCUCGCCGAAAUGCUUCUGGGUGCACCGAUUCCGUAAAGAAGCGAUUGGAUACUGCUCCUUCAUGGUGUUCAACAGCCAGGUGCACCGGGGGAGGCAAUAUCUGCGCUAUUUUGAGCAGUAAAUGCUGGACACACCUUUUUGAAUGUCCGUCAAGACUUCAGCUGGGGUACCAUGACAAGUGAGGAGUGUCCUGUGCCCCUGAGGAGAAUCUCCUCAGCAGGGCCAGGGCAGAGCGAGGAAUACUGCUCGGCGCACCCUGACGACAUCAUCGAGGAAGUAGGUCCAGGCGAUGACGACAUCAGCAUCGGCAGUGACUUGAGCACUCUCGUGUUGCCCUUCCCUGAGCUGGCGCCCGUGGUCUUCUUCUGCCUCAAGCAGACCACCUGUCCUCGCAACUGGUGUAUUCGCAUGGUGUCCAGCCCGUGGUUCGAGAGGAUUAGCAUCAUGGUGAUCCUGCUCAACUGUGUGACGCUUGGCAUGUACCAGCCCUGCGAGAACAUUGACUGCACCUCCGACCGCUGUCAGAUACUCCAGGCAUUUGAUGCAUUUAUCUACAUCUUCUUUGCAUUGGAGAUGGUUGUAAAGAUGGUGGCUCUGGGGAUCUUCGGCCGUCGUUGCUACCUGGGGGAUACCUGGAACAGGCUCGACUUCUUCAUCGUCAUGGCUGGGAUGGUGGAGUACUCGCUGGACCUACAAAACAUCAACCUGUCAGCCAUUCGAACAGUUCGGGUUCUUCGACCACUGAAGGCCAUCAACAGAGUUCCAAGUAUGCGCAUCCUGGUGAACCUGCUGCUAGACACUCUACCCAUGCUGGGCAAUGUGCUGCUUCUCUGCUUCUUCGUCUUUUUCAUCUUUGGCAUCAUCGGCGUACAGUUAUGGGCGGGGCUCCUGAGGAACCGAUGCUACACUGAGGAGAACUUCACCAUACCUUCAGGUAUGACGCUGCCAGCUCCCUACUAUCGGCACGAGGAGGACGAUGAGCGGCCCUUCAUCUGCUCCCUGGCUUCCGAUAAUGGCAUUAUGUCAUGCACUGAUGUGCCAGCAAGGCGGGAAGGAGGACGCAUAUGUUGUCUGGAUAAGGAAGACGCUCUGCACAGGCAGUCUUUGGGUUUAAGUCCUGAGCCACUAUCUAAUGGCAGUGCUGGUGAAGCUCUGGGUCUGUGCAUCAAUUGGAACCAAUAUUAUACUCGGUGCCAUACUGGAAAUAGUAACCCCCACAAGGGAGCAAUCAACUUUGACAACAUUGUGUAUGCCUGGAUUGUCAUUUUUCAGGUGAUAACAUUGGAGGGCUGGGUUGAGAUCAUGUAUUAUGUGAUGGAUGCACACUCCUUUUACAACUUCAUCUACUUCAUCCUACUCAUCAUUAUUGGUUCAUUCUUCAUGAUCAACCUGUGCCUGGUGGUCAUCGCCACCCAGUUCUCAGAGACCAAACAGCGGGAGCACCAGCUGAUGCAGGAGCAAAGAGCGCAGUGCCUGUCCUCCUCCACCUUAGCUAGCAUGGCUGAGCCAGGAGACUGCUACGAGGAGAUCUUCCAGCUGGUCUGCCACGUCCUUCGCAAGGCCAAGAGGAGAUCGACAGCUCUCUACUACACUCUGAGAGGCAAACCCGCUCCGGCUAGUGCAGGCAGGGCCAACAGGCGAGGCGGAGGAAAUAUAAACGGAGAUCGACAUCAUGCGAGGCAUCAUAGAUCAUCCAAAUGUCCACAUCACAGCAAGCCAAACCAUGACUCCCAAGCUCAAGCUAACUCCAUCAGCCUGACUGUCCAGAAUCCUGAGGAGUGCCCUAUCUGCUUGAAAGAAGGUGCAAGGACUGCAGGACAUUUGGAAAAUGGGGAUGAAAAUGAAGAGGACGCUGUGAAGGAAACAGACAAAGAGGAGAACCACUUGGAGGAGAAGAAAGAUGGAGAGAAGAGGCGAAGGAAGACAUGCUUUAGAAGUUGUAGGGACCUUUGGAAGGAUAUGAGAAGGAAACUCUGGGGUAUUGUGGAGAGCAAGUACUUCAGCAGAGGCAUUAUGAUCGCAAUCCUUAUCAAUACUAUCAGCAUGGGCAUUGAGCACCACAACCAGCCUGAUGAGCUGACCAAUGUCCUGGAAAUCUGUAACAUUGUUUUCACCAGCAUGUUUACCCUGGAGAUGAUCCUGAAGCUCACAGCUUUUGGCUUUUUUGAGUACUUGAGGAACCCAUACAACAUCUUCGAUGGGAUCAUUGUCAUUAUAAGUGUGUGUGAGAUCAUUGGCCAGGCAGAUGGUGGUCUGUCAGUGCUGAGGACGUUCAGGCUGCUGAGGGUCAUUAAGUUGGUGAGGUUCAUGCCUGCGUUGAGGCGGCAGCUUGUGGUUCUGAUGAAGACGAUGGACAAUGUGGCUACCUUCUGUAUGCUGCUCAUGCUCUUCAUCUUCAUCUUCAGUAUUUUGGGAAUGCACAUAUUUGGCUGUAAGUUCAGUUUGAAGACAGAGGCAGGAGACACAGUUCCUGACAGGAAGAACUUUGACUCCUUGCUUUGGGCCAUCGUCACUGUGUUUCAGAUUCUUACUCAGGAGGACUGGAACAUGGUGCUUUACAACGGCAUGGCAUCCACAUCUCCCUUUGCGGCUCUUUAUUUUGUUGCCCUUAUGACCUUUGGAAACUAUGUGCUGUUUAAUUUACUUGUUGCCAUCCUGGUUGAAGGUUUCCAAGCAGAGGGUGAUGCAAACCGCUCCUAUUCGGAUGAUGACAGGUCUUCCUGUAAUUUUGACGAAAAUGAAAAGCAAAAAGAUUCCCCGCGCCUCUCAGACCCAAAGAUCUGUACCCUGACCCCUAAUGGACACCUGGACAUGUCAUUGUUGCCCGCUGGUCUGUUUCCAGGAGAGAGGUUGACCUUUGCACUUGGCUCCAGAAAGAACAGUGUUAUUUCUCUCGGGAGAGCCGACCUGGAGAAGAGGGCUGUGUAUACAGGUCGAGGUUACCACAACUGGGGCCGCCCACUGCCUCCCCAGCCUCACCCCUUGUGGGCCCGUCGAUCCAGCUGGAGCAGCCUUGGGGGCCGACCCUGCUCCUCCUCAUCUCCCUCUGCUAGCCCUGCUUUCACGCCCACUUCUGCAAGGCCCUUCUAUGGCUGCGGUUUGGGGGGUCUAGGAGGGGUGGUUGGAGGAAGCCUUCGUAUCCGUGGUCCCCGUGCCUCCUCAUCUCCCCACCAUCACCAUCAUAUCCAAACAGAAGAAGAGGAGUCCCUUCUCUCUCCUCCUGCCACUGCUCCCCAUUGUCUUCAGCUUCCUCAUCCAAAGCUCCACGACUACUUUGCAGCUCGAAGGGACCGCAGAGCCCUCUCUCUAGAGCUCCCCCACACGCUGCAGUGUUCAGCGGAGACUCCACAACAACACUACGCUCUCCCUCCCGUGAACCUCCACGCUCACCACAGGAAGAAGAGCCUCUCUGGAGGGCUUGUGAUCAGCACCAGUGGGGACUUGGAGGGAAUCCACCAGGACUGUAACGGGAAGACCCUACUGUCGCACCUGCUUCUUCCGCCCUCAAGGCGGUCGAUGGAGCCGGGCGGCGGGACGAACCCCCAGAGCCACCUGAUGACGGCCGUCUUCCCCCAGGUCAACACACGCAGCAAGGACAGGGAGGACCUGGAUGAUGACAUUGAAUAUAGCUUAUGCUUCCGAAUCCAGAAGAUGUUGGAAGCAUACAGACCAGACUGGUGUGAGACGAGGGAAGACUGGUCCAUCUUCCUUUUUUCACCACAGAACAAGUUCAGACAGAUGUGCCAGUCCAUCAUCGCCCAUAAGUUGUUUGACUAUGUCGUUUUGGCCUUUAUCUUCUCCAACUGCAUCACAGUGGCUCUUGAAAGGCCAAAGAUACUUCAGGGCAGCUUGGAAAGAGUCUUUCUCACCAUUUCCAACUACAUUUUUACUGCCAUCUUUGUGGGCGAGAUGACUCUCAAGGUGGUUUCCAUGGGACUGUAUAUGGGCGAGCAGGCUUAUCUGCGGAGCAGCUGGAACAUUCUGGAUGGAUUCCUGGUUUUUGUGUCGUUGAUUGAUAUUGUAGUGUCCAUGGCGGGAGGAGCGAAAAUCUUGGGUGUGCUCAGAGUACUUAGACUGCUCCGAACGUUGCGUCCACUCAGAGUAAUUAGCAGAGCUCCAGGAUUAAAGCUGGUGGUGGAGACUCUCAUCACUUCCCUCAAACCAAUCGGCAACAUUGUGCUCAUCUGUUGUGCAUUCUUUAUCAUCUUUGGCAUCCUUGGAGUACAGCUUUUUAAGGGCAAAUUUUUCUACUGUCUCGGCCCCGAUGUCAAAAACAUCACCAACAAGUCUGAUUGUCUGCAAGCAAACUACAAGUGGGUCCACCAUAAGUACAACUUUGAUAACUUAGGACAGGCUCUGAUGUCCCUGUUCGUACUUGCCUCCAAAGACGGCUGGGUAAAUAUCAUGUACCACGGACUGGAUGCAGUGGGUGUUGACCAACAGCCGAUAACCAACAACAACCCGUGGAUGCUUCUUUAUUUCAUCUCCUUCCUCCUCAUCGUCAGCUUCUUUGUCCUCAACAUGUUCGUUGGCGUGGUGGUGGAAAACUUCCACAAGUGUCGCCAGCAUCAGGAGGUGGAGGAGGCCAAGAGGCGCGAGGAGAAGCGACAACGGCGGAUGGAAAAAAAGAGGAGGAAAGCUCAGAAGCUGCCUUACUAUGCCAGCUACGGGAACGUGCGCCUGAUGAUCCACACGCUCUGCACAAACCACUACCUGGACCUCAUCAUCACCUUCAUCAUCUGUAUAAAUGUCAUCACGAUGUCAUUGGAGCACUAUAAUCAACCCCGAUCCCUGGACCUUGCCCUCAAGUACUGCAACUAUUUCUUUACAUCCACAUUUGUGCUGGAGGCCAUUCUCAAGCUCAUCGCCUUUGGAUUCCGGCGCUUCUUCAAAGACAGGUGGAACCAACUGGACCUAGCCAUUGUUCUCCUGUCAGUAAUGGGCAUCACUUUGGAAGAGAUUGAGAUCAGUGCCGCCCUGCCCAUCAACCCCACCAUCAUCAGAAUCAUGAGGGUUCUGAGGAUAGCACGAGUACUGAAGCUGCUGAAGAUGGCGACCGGUAUGAGAGCCUUGUUGGAUACAGUUGUUCAAGCCCUGCCUCAGGUGGGUAACCUGGGCCUGCUCUUCAUGCUGCUGUUUUUCAUCUACGCCGCCUUAGGAGUAGAGCUUUUUGGAGAACUUGUUUGCAAUGAAGACUAUCCAUGUGAAGGUAUGAGUCGUCACGCUACCUUUGAAAACUUUGGCAUGGCCUUCCUUACCUUGUUUCAAGUCUCCACGGGCGACAACUGGAACGGCAUCAUGAAGGACACAUUGCGGGAGUGCCCACCAGACCAUAACACCGAUGUGGACUAUGCCUGCAAUCCGAGCCUUCAGUUUAUCUCGCCCAUGUAUUUUGUCUCCUUUGUGCUCACCGCCCAGUUUGUGCUCAUCAAUGUGGUGGUGGCCGUGCUGAUGAAGCACCUGGACGACUCCAACAAGGAGGCCCAAGAGGAGGCGGAGAUGGAUGCAGAAAUUGAGCUGGAGCUGGCCCAGGGCACCCUCUGUUGCAUGGGCGCCCCCAGUUGUGGGGGUGGGGGGGUUGACAAAGGACUCUUGGCUGUUGGAUCAGGGCUUGGAGCUGCGCCAGGGAGAAGGGAGAGGGGAGGAGGUGGCAGAGGAGAGACUGGAGAAGGAGUGAGGAAGUUGCGACAAUCUGUAACGCACCAGGCGCCUUACAACUCCUGCGACUCCCCCCAUUCAUAUUCGCCAGCACAAGAGAGCCAGUGGUUGGACAGCGUAUCUCUCCUAAUCAAGGAUACAAUAGAUGGGGAGAUGCUGAUGAUCGACAACCUCUCCGGCUCCGUCUUCCACCAUUACUCCUCUCCGCCUGUCUGCAAAGACUGCAAGGGCCACUCGCAAGAGCAGAUCAGAAUGGCUGAGAUUGAGCAGGCAUCACUGAAGUCGGAGCCACUCUCAGAUAAGUCCUCAUCCCCUGCUCUUCCCGAUGACCUGAGCCUGGACGAACACACCAGCUAUCAGCUGCUGAUGCAAGAAGGAAAGGGAACUAGGUGCAGCAGUGGCUCCCAUGACUCUGAGGAAGGCAGUGGCGGAAGAGGAGGAGGAGGAGUAGGAGAAGGAGGAGGAGGAGGAGGCCAUGGAGGAGAUCAUCAGACUGAGGAACAAGGUCAGGGGCAGGGGGCGUCCCUGCAAUGCAGGGUUUCCAGCACAGGCACAGAGACAAAGACUACGCUGCAAGAGAUGGAAAUGCAAACAUACCAAACAAAGAUGUGCUCACCUGUCUGCUCCCCUGGUGGGAUUUCCAGCAUCAGCAGCAAGGAAAGAGGCAAAGGAGAUGAGGAAAAGGGAGCCAGUGGCAUUUCUACCCUCUUUCAUCUGCCUGCUGAGUUUUUCCACUCUGCAGGAGCAGCCAUCCCAGUACCUUCUCGCAGUAGGAGUCUGCAUUUGUCAAGAGGUCUCAGGCUGACCUCCCCAGCCUCUUGGGUCUCAUUCCGCUCUCCUGGAGCCCCUCGAAAGAGGCUCUGUGCACAGUACCCAUCCCACAGUGAUUCAUCCCUUGCCACUGGGAGCUCCGAAGGCAGCCUUCAGACAACCCUGGAAGAAGGACUUAGCUUCAGUGUUUCUCCACCCCAGAACCUGGAAUUGCCAAUCCCAACAGCUUCCUUAUCACCCAUGUGCCAUAUCUCGCAGCCUGAAGAUAGAAUUGCUAUUUCCUCUCCAGUUCAGGCCAUAAAGCCAAGGGCGAACCCUCCAUCUGCUGUAACACUUCUGGCCACCAGGGGUCACCAACGGAGCCAGAGCAGUGGACGAGGCAGCACAAGCCCCGGCUAUAAUCGUGAUGACUCCAUUGACCCCUCAGACGAAGACUUGGGCAUAGGCAUUGGCUCGUCUAUCGGUGGUUGUGGCUCUAGCCAAGCAGGCAACAGUGAACACUUAUCAGAGGCGCUCAGCAGUGUGUCAUUGACAUCCUUGCUGCCGCCUAGCACUAUCCUAUGCCCUGGAGGUAAAGUAAAGAAGUGCAACAGCACAGGUAGCCUUGACAAAGGGGGUCUUCUGCUGUCUUCCCGGUGCAGGGAGGGCCGCAGGGAAAUUAUGGGCCUGGAGCUAAUGGACCCCCAGGUUUUUCUGGCCAACCCCUGGACAGGAGUAUUAGCUGAUAGCAGAGGAGGAGGGACUGGAGUAAUAGAAGAUACAGAGCACAGUUUGAAAGGGAAGAGCUCAAGCCAAACAACAGUCGGGUCUUGUCGAAAAAACAGAUGAAACCUACUGUUUAGUCGCCGUCUAUUGUCCAUUUCUUGGAACUAAAACCCAUUACUGUUCCUCUCACUCUCUGCUCCGUCAGUGAGACAGAGGUCUGGUGAAACACGAUGCCCGGUAUUUCAACACCAAACCCUCAUCUUGUCCCCUCAAACUCUUUAUAUACAUUUUUGACAAGUCCUGUAUGUGCCAUCUAGGGUACCGGUCUUGUUUCUGGUUAAUGGUGCCGAAUUGGCUGAUGGAGUCAAAGUGCAUUGGCAGAGGAGUGGCCCCUCUACUGUCUCAGUAGACGUAGUCCUACAGGAUCCGAUAGAAGGUUGUGAUCACACUGAAAAACAUAAAAGUUUGCUUAUAAAAGGAAGUCAGUGGAGGCAGAUGGUAAGGAACUAAAACUCCUGAGAUGCAACAGCGAGUCACAUUGCUCUGAAGCAGUUUCCUCCUCUCUCUAAAUGGGUUUAGUUUAAUGGGAUUGAAUAGAGGCAAAAUGGAAGUAAACCCAACUGUCAAUGCCAAGAGAGCCUGUUUUGAAAUUGUUUAUGCCUAAAAGACAGAGCUAAAUGAAAUUUUGUGGAGGACCUAACGAGAUAGAAUACAUGAAGGUGUAAAGAAGACUGGGAAAGGAGAGAGCAGAUGUAAUCCCUUUCGAGGCAGACCUUCGGCUAUGAUCAGAGUUAAGCGUGAGGAGGAAGGAGAGUUCAGUGUAGUUUUCUCCCAGUCUAUGUAUGUGUGUCCAAGCACUGCCUCAGGUCUCCAAGGCCUGAACUAAAUCAUUCUCAUCAUCGGCUGUACCACAGCUCAGUGUUUCUGAAACCUGAAUAUAGGUAUUGACAUUGUGUGUCUGUCAACUUGGUCGUCAUUGGCAGCGGAAAAUGGAAAUAAAUUGAGGGACGAUGGAGGUAUAACUGUGCAUGGAGUGAUUCGUGAAAUUGGUUAUUUUUCAUUCGAUCUCCAGCAUCUCUCAAUCAUAAACGUGGCAAAAUAAGUGUGACAGAGAGGUGGGGUGAAAGGAACUCGAAAUCCUGUCAGGGAGCACAUAAGUGUGUGCGUGGAGCGACUUUUGGCGCACUGAAAUACAGCUCAAAAGUGCACUCCUUUUGACUGCACUCUGUCCCACCAUCUUCAAGGAUUCUACAUGAAAGGACACUGUUGCAAAGAACCUCGACUGCAUGAUGGGAUUGCAUUUAACCAUGAUUUUUUUUUUCUAUCUAUAUACAGAUGUAUAUUAAGAUUUCAGUGUUGGGUGAUAACCAUGUGAUUCCUAUUCCACUAUUUUUGUAGAAAAGAGAAUAGGCACGUUUGCAUAUUGCCAUUAGUUUGUCCUUAUUGAAUCCCUGCAGUGUCUUUGACUUGUCUAGGACUUUUUGUCUGCUGGUGGCUUCCAAUUUUGUAACAUUUUUUUAAGUGAGGACAGUGCGGAGAAAAAAGAAACAACGACAAAGCAAAAAAAUUUCAAAGAAACUCGUGUGCUGAAGUAUUGUUCCCUGCACAUUUCUCUAUGGGAAUACUUGCUCCUCAAUGACUUUUGAGGGGGGUUUUUUUGUUUCGGUUUCCCAUAAGUUGGAGUGUGAUGACCAGCUGAAAUGGGAACAGCCAUAUUCACUCAACACUUGUGGACAGUCUAGCUCACAGACACGGCUGCAACGUUCUUUGCUCGUAGCCUCAUGACUGAAAUCCUCUGACAACAUAAACCAUCACUAUGAAAGCUUUAAUUUCAGAGUUACAUCACAACAUAUCGGUUAUGGGCACCCUAGUGCACCUUAAGCAUGGUUCUGGGACUGCAAAACAGUAUGCUAAUUCAUGACAUGAUACGUUGAUGCACUCAUCUUCCUCGUCUCAUUGUAGCAACCCUUUCUAAUUUUAGCAUUUUUAUUUUAAACAAAUGUGCAACGUUUUUUUUUUCCUCUUUUAAUGAAAACUUAUUUUGGUUUCUGCCAUUCGGAGAAUGACUCUCUCCUGAAGCCUGAUUUCUAGAGGUAGACUGUUGUUUUAAACAAUGACCUUACUUUGAAUUUUUCCCAAGAAAGAACAAAACGUGGAGGUGAUGUGAGGAAAAUCUGAGGCUUCAACCUCAUUUAUCAUGCAAAAUCACUAUGAUGACUAUGUUUUAUCAUAAGGAGUUUGAUUUCAAUGGGUGGGACAGUUAUAUGUGCGUGUGAGCGUGUGUGUGUGUGUGCGUGUGUAUGUGUGCAUGCAUGUAAAUAACUUCAGGUAAAGUGGUUUGCCUUUUCCUGAAGUGUCCUGUUUGUCAGUGAGGAGGAUACCUGUACUCUAAGAAUGAAGAUGAAAAGGCAAAGCAACCAAGGGCUGUUUUAGCUUCAAAGAUAUAUUGUCCUGUUAUAUCUUUUUAAGACGAAUCAUCGUCAAUGAACAUGGCAUCAAAGGUUAAGCCUGACAACACAGCAAUAAAUGUUCCAUGUAUGUUCCCUGAGUAAAUGAUGUCAAUGUGA